AUGAUGGAUCGGAUACCGUCGCUAUCGAUACCGGGAUUAUCGCUGGGCCCGCACUCGCUGUCCAUACCGACGUCGCAGGGCCUGGCGAAUCAAUCAUCGCACGCCGCCCUGAACUCACUCGGGCUGCACUCGCAGAAUUUGCAUGCCUCGUCCGUGUCGGCCCUGCACAACUCCCAGACCACCAACCUGCACCAGAGCGUCGGUGGGCUGCUGAACGGUGCGGCCACCAACGGACUGCUCAGCCAGGCGAUGCUCAAGAAACCGACCGAGGAGCACAUUAAGCGGCCAAUGAACGCGUUCAUGGUGUGGUCCCGGCUGCAGCGACGGAAAAUUGCCCAAGACAAUCCGAAGAUGCACAACUCGGAGAUCUCCAAGCGGCUCGGUGCCGAGUGGAAGCUGCUCACCGAGGACGAGAAGCGCCCGUUCAUCGACGAAGCCAAACGCCUACGGGCGAUGCACAUGAAGGAGCACCCGGACUACAAGUAUCGGCCGCGCCGGAAACCGAAACCGAUCCGCCGCGACGGUUACCCCUACCCGAUGACGUACCCAUCCGUUCCGGUCGAUGCGCUCCGAGCCG